AGUCUGUGGUGUCAACUGGUUGUGGCCGACUUGUGAGGCGCGUGCACGUGUUACGAACGUGCAAUAGCAAAAUAGAAAAUUAAUGAACAAAUGAAUAGUACUUUUUUAUGUUUUGAAUAUUUACCUCAUUUUCAAGAACUAUUUUAAAAUGCUGGCUAUGUUAUGAAUUGAUCUAUCACACCCACAGAUGUUCAUAUCAGUUUUAUGAUAUCGGAUCUAUAAGGCAUGGAGAUGUCGCACCAGGGGGGAGCUGAGGCAGAAAGCCUCUUGCGCCCUGACCGCAACGCUACCGUUAUGCCGCAGAAACGUUGGGAUGCGAGUGAGGGCGAAAAGGCGCCGUUCCUCCGAAACGAGCCGGUGCGGUUAACGCCCGCCUGGGAAGGGUCAAACCUGCCCAAUGACACGCUUAAUUUGAAAGGGAUCGCCAUGGAUUUGGUACCGCCGAAGGACAAAUGGAAUUUAAUAUACCUCACGUUAAUUCUCCACGGGCUGGGGACAUUGACGGCUUGGAAUAUGUUCAUAACAGCGAAAGACUACUUCGUAAAGUACAAGUUGGCAAAUGCACCUUCAUAUGCAGAGAACCUUAUGCCUUAUCUGGGCUGGGCGGCACAAGUACCGAACCUUGUAUUCAGCUGGGUUAAUAUUUUUGUUGAAAUUGGCGGUGACUUGACCACUCGUAUUGUUUGGUCGCUCUGUCUGGAAGUCGUAAUGCUGGUCGUGACAGUUAUAUUUGCGAUGGUUGACAGCUCUCAAUGGGCCGACAUUUUCUUCUGGGUAACGAUGGUCACUGUCUUCUUUUUAUGCGGUUCCAAUGCGAUAUUCCAAAACUCAGUAUACGGUGUGUCAGCUCGCUUGCCUCCUCAAUACACCGGCGCAGUAGUCCUAGGGUCGAAUAUCUGCGGCACCCUCGUGGUUUUCCUGAACUGGGCGAGUGAUGAGUUUACCCAGAGCCACCGAACGUCGGCCAUCUAUUACUUUAUCUGUGGGAUAUUCGUGCUACUGAUCUGUUUUGACACCUACUUCGCCUUACCGCUUAAUAGAUUUUACCGCUACCAUGUGACAUUGCAAGAGCGAACCUUACAAGUGAACCCAACUCUUGCCACCAACAAUCCUCCAGUGAAACAGAAGACACCCUACGGACUUAUCUUCAGACAGGGCUUCAUACAAUUCUACAAUGUAUUCCUCACAUUCUUCGUCACGCUCUCUGUAUUUCCCGCAAUUCAUUCAGACAUCAAACCCAUGUCUACGGAUUUCUUUGGAGAUCAGUUCACUCGUAUCACGUGUUUCUUGACGUUCAACGCUAUGGCCAUGAUUGGGAAUAUCACUGCUAGUCUUUGGCAAUAUCCAACCCCUCGAUGGCUCUCAGUAUUCACAACGCUGCGUAUCCUGUUCAUCCCACUGUUCUUUUUAUGCAACUAUCAGCCACUUCGCCGGCAACGGACGUUACCCGUGUUAAUUAACAAUGAUUGGGUUUACUGGGUUAUGUCUGUCGUCAUGGGAUGGAGCUCCGGCCAUGCAAGUUCUCUUGGAAUGAUGUAUGUUGGCGGGACCGUAGCGCCCGAGCACGCAGCUACAGCGGGCAUGUUAGGUGGCGCAAUGCUCGUAACGGGCAUCGUGUCCGGUGUCACAUUCUCGUGCUUCGCCCCCUCCUUAGUGUCACUGGGCGUCUGGUCGAGCAUGUAGCGGCUAAUAACGUAUCUGGGAACAUUCUGGAACAUUAUAGUGCUCAAGUGAUUUUGAAACCUUUGAGCUGAAAUACUAGAUGUGUUCUGAAAAUAUGACAUGACCUAGAGACAAGUUUUAGAAAGGAAGUGACGUGUAAUGUGAGUAGAAAUGGUUGACGUUAAAAAUACAUGUUAAAUUGUUGAGUUAGAUAUUGUUGAUAUUGUAUAAGUUAUAAAUAGAUGAUGGAGGACAUGAAACAAAAUUUUGAAUAAAUAGAAUUUUUAUUAAGAAAAUUAUGACAGCUAUAAUUACUCAAUAUAUUAUAUAAAAAAAUUGAAAUUGAAUGGACAUUAAUUACUCAUACGAUUUCAUUGUCAGUAAAUAUGACGAAUGAAGUACUAUUAAUCCUAUCUAGAUUCAUUGUAUAAGAGUAAGUUAUAUGCAUUCGGGUGUUCUGAGAAGUCUAAAGCUAGACUAAAAUUAUAUAAGAUAUAGAUUAAAAAUAAAAAUGUUACUAUUUAUAAAGUAUGUAGUAGUUGGUACAGAAUGUUUGGAAGACAUGGACAUAGAAUGACAUUUUAUAAUUAGGUAUCUUAGGUAUUCAUAUCUUUCAAUAGCGUAUGCGAUUUUACUUAUACGUACGUAAGUUCGUUGGCAAAGCGUUCCCUAUAAUAAUAUUAAUUUAUUCCAAUGUGUUUUUCAAGUAAACUUUAUGGGAUAUCUAAUUAUUAAAAUGUCUUAACAUUAGAUAUAUGAAUUUAUUAUUAAAAUUGUUUGAUUGCAUUUAUGUACUAAGAGAAUUUAUAGGUAGAUUAUAUUUGGUUUAUCCUGAUAGAAUUAAGUUUUUAAUCCAAAGCAAAGACCUAUGGAAUAUCAUUUUUGUUAGAUUUAUUAGCAACAUUUUUAAUUGUUUGCAGUUUUAAAAUGAAAGUGGUAUGUCAUAGGUAUUAUAGAUACGGAGAGUUAAAUAUCAAGUCAUAUUUGUACAAAUAAUACCAUUGCUGGUAUGAUAAAAAUACUAAUAAAAUAGGAAUAUAUUUCUUAGAAAUAACAAAACCACAUGAAAUUAAUUUUCAGACAAAUUGUUUUAAAGGGUGCUAUAAAGGAAUUGCACUUAAACUUUUGACUAAAGCACAAAGUAUGUAUAUGUAACGUCUAGAGUUAGAUUGUGUACUAAUACCAUGUUUUGACUGAAUUUUAAAGGUAGUGAAAUCAUGGGAUUGUUUUGAAAUCAAUUAUAGUUUAAAUCCUAAUUUCUGUAUAUUUUCCGGCCAGUAAACAGGUCUGUGAGUCAUUUGACAUGCUGCUAUUUAUUGAACGUAGUACUAUAUUGAAACAAAUAUACUUAUUAAAUCUUGAUACAUGAUUACAAGUUGUGUGUAUAUAUUUUUAUUUUUUUGCAUGAUUAAAUUUUCAUCAUAUUUUAUGUAGUGUGAUUUUUUAUACUAUGUUUUUUUUUCAAGAAAUAUUGUUUCCGGGUAGUUGAAAACUUUAUGAAUGGUAUGUUAUGAAAACCAAAAAUUACAAAUUAGAAAUAAUUUGUCCUCAUACACUAGCCAUUGUUAAUUUUAUUUAUUGCCUAGUAAAUUUUUUUCUAUUA